AUGGUCCGCUACGCCGCUGAGAGCAUUGACAACGCCAAGAGCGCUCGCGCUCGCGGCUCCUACCUCCGUGUCUCCUUCAAGAACACCCGCGAAACCGCCCAGGCCAUCAACGGCUGGAAGCUCCAGCGCGCCCUCACCUACCUCCAGAAUGUGCAGACCAAGGACGAGGCGAUCCCAAUGAGGAGAUAUGCUGGGAGCACUGGCCGUACCGCUCAAGGCAAGCAGUUCGGUGUCUCCAAGGCCCGCUGGCCAGUCAAGUCUGCAGAGUUCCUCGCGAACCUGCUCAAGAACGCCGAGGCCAACGCCGACACCAAGGGUCUGGACACCAGCAACUUGAUUGUCAAGCACAUUCAGGUCAACCAGGCACCAAAGCAGCGCCGCCGCACAUACCGUGCUCACGGUCGUAUCAAUCCAUACAUGUCCAACCCAUGCCACAUCGAGCUUAUUCUCACCGAGGGCGAGGAGGUCGUCCAGAAGUCCCCAGAGACUCUCGCUCGCAAGUCCGCACACUUGAGCUCCCGCCAGCGUGGUGUACGCACCCGCAAGGCCAUCACCGCUGCUCCAGCCUCGUAG